AUGGAGCCCAACGCCACGCUCACCAGUGGGCUCGGGGCGCCCGAGCGGCUGCUCCGCCGCGUCUUUGCGGGCGCCUGCGGCCUCAUCCUGCUGGUGGGGCUGCUGGCCAACGGCCUCAUGCUGCUGGUGCUGGGCCGGGGCCCAGGUGCGCCCCGCCCGCUCCUCGCCCUGACCAACGGCCUCAUGGUCAACAUCACGCUGUCCGACCUGCUCUUCCUUGGCUGCGUGGUGCCCGUGCUGCUGCUGAGCUUCCUCCGGCGUGACUGGUGGCUGGGCCCCACCGUCUGCACCACCAGCCAGGCCGCCAACACGGCCACCAUGUUCUGCACCUUCUACAGCAUGGCGGCCACGGCUCUUCUGCGCCACGUGGCUGUGGUCUGGCCUGACGUGGCCCUCCCCGCCAGCCCGGGUGCCCGCCUGCUGCUCUGUGGGGCCAUGUGGGUCCUGGGUCUCACUGCAUCGCUGCCCAACUGGCUGUUCCAGCGGGUGACAGUGGAGGGACAGACCGUGGGGGCCCCCGAGGCCCAGGCCUGCCUCUUGCUUCUCAGCCCCGCGCGGACCUGGUGCUACUUUGUCCUGCUGGGAGGCCUGGCCUUCCUGCCCUGCGCCCUGGGGCUGGGCUGCUCCUUCAGCCACGUGGGCUGGCUCCUGCGGACACGGCCCCGAGGUCCCCCUGGGGAGAGCGUCCAGGAGCACCAGGAGAACACAGGACUCAUCCUUGUGGUGCUGGUGGUUUUCAUGCUGAUGUGGGGACCCUGCUCUGUGCUGAGCUACGUGGCAGCCACGGGCCACCUGCCUGACACCCUGGUGACUUUCGUGGCCUCCAGCCUCUGCACCAUCCUGGCCUACUCCAACUGUGCCGUCAGCCCCCUCCUCUGCUUCUACCUCUCCCGCCCCUUCCGGGCAGGACUCAGGGGACUUUUCUGCAGCUGCACUACGGAGGCGUAUCAGGACGAAAAGGGCUUGAGCCCCGACUCCGACCCCGACCCCGUGCACGCCUGCGGCAUCGGUACCCACUCCCUGGGUUUGCGCAGUGAGUGA